AUGGAUGGAUAUAACCAUCGUGCGUUGUUGCUCAAGUGGAAAUGGCGCUAUGUCUCCAACCCUUUGUCACUUUGGGUGAAUGUGAUUAACAACAUCUACAAUCCGGUUUCUUUUGGUGAUUGGUCAAGGCCUGGUGUGACUUCUUCUGGUAUUUGGUAUAAUGUGCUAAAAGUGGCUUCUGAUUUGGACGAGGAAAGGAUUAUACCACGAAGUGCGUUCUCUAUCAAAGUGGGUAAUGGCUCCUCCAUUCUUUUCUGGCAUGAUAUUUGGUCUGGUAACCUUCCAUUCGCAUUGAAGUUUCCUCAUCUUUUUAAUUUGGAAUGUGAUAAAAGAGUUUCAGUUUGCAAUAGAUGGCGUGAUAAUAAGUUGUUGCAUAACUGGAGACGGAAUGUUAGGGGUGGUGCGGAAGAAACUGAGCUAAAAGAGCUCGUCUCUGCCUUGAACUCUGUGGAAUUCUCCAACGACGUGGAUAAAUGGGUCUUUUCGGUUGAUAAUCUUAACGAAUUUUCAGUCAAAGAGAUACGUUUGCGCAUCGAUUCUAUGGUGUUACCUGUUAACAUAUUUGCGACUAGAUGGAAUAAUAUGGUUCCUAGAAAAGUUAAUAUUCAUGCUUGGCGGGUAUUAUUGGAUAGGAUUCCGACUCGAAAAAACUUGGUUACCAAAGGUUUGGACAUUCCUUCCUUGCUUUGUCCGAUGUGCGAAUGUGAUGUGGAGACAAGUGAUCAUGUUUUUGGUAACUGUAAUGUAGCUUCUCGUGUUUGGAGGGCAGUAUCAAAUUGGAUUCAAAUUCCUAUUCCUUCUGUUGGGCCUACUGAUAUGUUGAAUGAUAUAGACAAUAUGCAUCUUUCUUUGGUGAAAAAGAAUAUUAUUGAAGGUAUUGUGUAUUGUGGAUGGUGGUCAAUUUGGAGAUAUCGUAAUGACAAAGUGUUCAAGAAUGGGAUACAGCGUAAAGAUUACCUUGUCGAUAUUAUCAUUUCUCACUCUUAUUCAUGGUUCUCGAGUCGGUUCAAGAAAAGGAGGAUGUCGUGGGUGGAGUGGCUUUCCAACCCUCUUUGUGUCGUUUAA